AUGCGAUGGGGUGUCUUAUCAGAUCCGGAACUCCGAAACGUAAGAGUAAGGUUAGCUUUGAAUCCAUCUCAACAACAACAAACACCCAGAGAUUCUGAUCGUUGUUUCAUCAGUUAUUCACAGGCUUCGCAAAAACGUUCUGGAAUGAUAGUGAAGACCGGAACCGAAGAGGAGUCGGAGCGGCCCAGUGCAAUUACAAAGCUACGACAGAUCACUACCGGUCUUCAAGAGGGAAGGGAUAGGAAAAGAAGCUGCCGUGCGCCGCAGGAAGAACUAGCACGACUGACAGCCGAGGAACGAUCCAUUCUCGAGAGGGUAUGGCAAAAAGAAGAAGAAUUCGAGAAGGAGACGACCAAAGUUAGCUCAGGAAGUCCCUCUUUGACGGUAAAAGAGGGCGCCUCGUCGAGCCAGGAAAACUGCAGAAUCUGUCGCAAGGCUAUUGGAAGCAACGAACAAAGCCGCAAAUGUGACGAAUGUGGUCAACUUGUCUGUGAAGAUUGUGCUUCUUACUCCAAGGACCCUAAUGACAUUAACCAGGAAUGGAACUGUAGCUUUUGUCGAAGGCGUCAAAAGCAAGAUCGCCUUGGUAUAGAGUCGCCACCAGGGACGGGAAUGCAUCGUGUUCCUUCAGUUCGACGAAUGAAUCAGAGAAUGGAGCUGUUAGGAAGGGAGGGAUCAAUCCUAGUUCCCGAACUCUCUGUGGACUUAGAAGAAAAAAUUGGCCUAGAAGGUAGUCCUCCUUUCCGUCUAGAAAAGAAGGAAAGCAAGCGUCUUGCAGAAGAAUCGGACCGGAGCUUUAGCCUGGAAAGCCGUGACCUGAAUAUGAUACAACAAAGUGACCAAGAGCAUGAAAUAAAACAAGUGUUUGAAACAAAAACAAGUCAAGUAGAGAAGCAAAAACCUAUUGAAUGUAUCAAAGAAUCUAAAAUAAUCCGAGGAAGUAGCAGGAGCACUUCUAGAGCUUCUUCGCCCGAGAUGAAAGGUGUUUCUCGUUCAAAGGAUGGGCAUUUGUCCUUAGACUUUUCUUUAGAAAGAAGGCCUUCGUCUGAGUACCGAAAAGGGACGAGAAGAUGUCAGACAGAACAUGGAUUGUAUACAAGCUCUACCAGUAGUCAUCAUCAACAUCAUCAAAAAGAUUCUUCGCAACAGCGCCAUUCUUCAGCGUCUGAAAGCUCUAUAGAUGAGCACCGACGUGACGAAGUCGACGAAAGAAAACAACGAAAUAGAAUUAGAAAAAGGUCUCGCAUUCAGAGACAAAAGUACUACGUAGAAGAACCUGAUUCAGAUCCUACUAUAUACAGAGUAAAUAUUCUGGGUCGCAGUGAUGCAAAAUCUUCUUUAGCAUCUCGCGAAAUAAUUAGUGGUUCGGCUGAAGCAUUGAACAGACGACUCAACUACGUAACUGAUCAUUUAACUAAAAAACCUUUGUCUCUUGCUGGCGUUGACAUCGCUAACCGUCAUAGUUCUGAUAGCUCAGAAUUGAGUGAUGUCAGUGGUGAUGUUUCACCCUUUAGUGACCGUAGUGGACAUAAAAGACUUCAUGGCCCUUACUACAGUGGUGAACGACUAGAGGUCCGAACCUCAAAGAAACAUCAAAAGAGCAGAAAGCCCAGUGUAGAAUUUGCCAAAGAAAGAACAAUAAGUUAUGCAGGAGCAAUGGAUAGCUCUCUUUCUUCUGAUGAACAAGAACUCAUUCGUUUAUCUACUGACAAAUCUUAUUCCUUGGAAGACCCCGAAAUGUUUCUCUACCCAAAUGUGUCCCUCGGGAAGAGUAUCCCCAGUGUUUUUGUGGAAACUGUUCCAGACAUUGACUCCCCUCCCAGUCCAUACCCCCAAAAUGAAGAGAUCAUUAGAAGACACAGCACUGGUAGAGUUUUACCACCUGUCCCUGUACCAGAGAACCAGUUAGGGUUACAACUCCUUCCUUCAGGCGACAGACACAGUACAUACUCUUUAAACCUACCAUAUGAUGAGAAAGGCCUACAUGAAAGACGGUCUUCCGCUCCAGAGAGUGAAGACAUUAAAAUUGCCAUUAAUGAAGUUGAUAGUAAACUCAAAACAAAAUCCAAGCCUCGAUUAAAAAAGGUUCGUCUACAUAGAGACAAAACAGACACAGGAGCAAGAACACGUGGUUUCGGCAUGAGAGUAUUAGGCGGAAAGUCAGCUGAAGACGGAAAGUUAUACGCCACUGUUGCUUGGACUCUACCUGGGGGACAGGCUGAUCAAAAAGGCAUACAUCAAGGGGACAUAAUAUUAGAAUGGGCAGGGAUCAUUCUGAUAGACAGGACGUUUGAGGAAGUAUCCUCUAUCAUUGAAAGUACCGGCGACACUGUGGAAAUAGUGUUUCAAAAGGAGAGCAUAAAGGCCGGAGAAGACAAAAGUUCCAGGUAUUCACCCGGCGAACCUGCUCAAAUGUCUCACCAUAAAACAGCUUUGGGGACCAGCUCUGUCCAAAGAAAACCUAGGCAGCUUCUCAUGCUUACUCCAGAACCGAUAAUGGAUACGGAUGUACAGCCUGUGUCUCCUACCCGCCGAAAACUUCCUAGAACACCUGACCAACCUUUGCCGCCGUUUUUCGUAGGAGACGUUGGAGUCCAAAUGUGGUUUGAUCGUAACCGAAGUGAUUUAAUAAUUACUCUACUUUCCGCCAGAGGGCUGCGUUUGAAGAAAACUACCGCUGAUUUACCCCGUGCCUUUGCUAAGCUAAGACUGGUGCCUCAUUCGGGAUUCGGCCCGAAAGAGACACAACUCGCUGAUCCCAGCACCAGCCCAAAGUGGAAUAAAAAAUUUGUUUUUCCUUCUGUAACUUCUGAUGAGCUCCUCGAAAAAUCCGUAGAGGUGACUGUCUGGAAUCAGAGUCCCACAGGAAACAAGUCUAUUCUUGGAGGAACAGAAAUCCCCCUUCGGAAAACCGACCUUCAGGACUGCCCAGAAUGGUAUCCUCUGACGAUCAUUCAAGCACCAACUCAGAAGCCACCACAUAGCGGCGUGUCGUGUCAUGACGUAGCACGUCAAUUCAUGAAGCAAUCAGGAAACUAUCAAGGGAGCACACAGUCACUUUCAGAAGAGAAAUGUGACAAACAAUCUGAUAACCAAAACGAAAGCGUAGUCAAAAGCUCCUCUAUGGAUUUUACUUUGCUUCACCCAGAAGAUGCGUGGGAUCGAUUACAGCAAAUAUCACCAGAAGACGACACUAAGCUCUGCCCUCACACCGACACUAAGAGUUUCCGAUCAACAUCUCCCAGUGGGAGGAACUCGGGGAAGCUAACAUCUCAAGACAGUCUUCCCGCCGAGAUUGUGAGAGAACAGAACUCACAGAACAAGACAAGAAGAACUAAAUUUUCCAGGACAUUGAGCUUAAGAACAGACAAAGAAGACAGGUCUGUGGUUUUAGAUAGUAAGCUUGCAUCAAGUAGUCUCUCCAGCCCUGAUCUGACCCCAGAAAACGAAAUUCCCAUAAUGACCAUUGGACCCGGUGACAUCAGGAGAGGAGCUGGACAAGUGUUUUCCACAAAAAUGAAACUAGAUCGAGUCGAAACAUUAGGUGAAAUCAAAUUGGGAUUUCUAUUGACUAAAAGCCAGUUAGAAAUAGAAGUUUUCUGUGCUCGCCAACUUCCAGCAUCUUCUUUAGGCCAGCCACCAGAUACUUACAUCAAAACAUUUCUGAAGGAAGGACAACGACAAAUGCAAAAACGAAAGACUCGAGUUGUUCGCUGUACUUCAAAUCCACAAUAUCGACAGACGUUGAAGUACAGUGCAUCGGACAUUCUUGCGCGCCAUCUAUUGGUUAUGGUGUUUCAACGACAGAAAGGUUUUGACCACAACCAACCAAUCGGAGCUGUUGAAAUUGAACUAGGUCGCUUGGACUUAACAAAGUCAGUGUGCUGGUAUCCUCUCUAUCCUCUCCCAAGUGAGGAUUUUGAUUCUAACGAAUCUACUUGAUUUCUGAAUCAGCAGGUUUAACAGUUUAUAUUUUUAAAGUGUUUAAAGUUAUUAUAGGAAGGGGCAUAAAACAUGACUUGUUUUGAUGCAACGUACUGAUGUGAAAAGAGACGUCUGAAUAUAUGUAAUUUAAGAAACGUUUUGGAUUCAUAUACUAAAGAGUUAUAUGUUUGUUUGA